AUGUCAAGCCCUCAAGCACCACCACCUUCUUGGGAUAGUCCUCCAAAACUAUCCUCCUUGAAGACAAAGAAGAAACUUCUUCCCUACCUUGAAGCAGCCGACCUGGAGACAUCUAGCCAAGCCGCAUCUUACAGAGAAGAACACCUUCUAGCCACACCAGAAGAGGAGAUUAACCCUGAGCUGAUCGAGUUCGUGAAGAGAGAUCAAUUCCAUGAUCUGUUUUCAGAGUAUGCGCUGGAGCACAUAGAUCACUUUGAUAAUCUUUGUGAUUCCUAUGGAGUUUUUGACUUUGAGAAGAAGAUGAUGCUAUUCAGCACAUCACUAGCUGGACCAGCACUAGAUUGGGCGCAGCAUGAGCCACUCUCUACAAUCGAGUCAUGGAUCGAUUUUAGAGAAGCUUUCUUGAAGAGAUUUGCAAGGCUACCACCUUUCAAAUCCAAGUACAAUCACUACUCUCAUCAGCUGGAGAGAGAGCGUGAGAAGAAGAAUGGGGAGGCAUACCACCCUCAUCUUGAAGAGCUAAUCAAGCAUGUGGAGAGAACCCUUUCUACAAUUCUACUUCAGACCACACCAGAAGAGGAGAUUAACCCUGAGCUGAUCGAGUUCGUGAAGAGAGAUCAAUUCCAUGAUCUGUUUUCAGAGUAUGCGCUGGAGCACAUAGAUCACUUUGACAACCUUUGUGAUUCCUAUGGAGUUUUUGACUUUGAGAAGAAGAUGAUGCUAUUCAGCACAUCACUAGCUGGACCAGCACUAGAUUGGGCGCAGCAUGAACCACCAUCUAGAAUCGAGUCAUGGAUCGAUUUUAGAGAUGCUUUCUUGGAAAGGUUUGCAAAGAAGCCACCUUUCAAAUCCAAGUACCACCACUACUCUCAUCAGCUGGAAGAGAGCGUGAUGAAGAAGAAUGGGGAGGCAUACCACCUCAUCCUGAAGUUUUGA